UGAAACACAAAGUGUCCGACGUCCUGUCAUGCAGGGACUGUAACUUUCUCCGGACUGUGGCCUGUUCCCUCGCGCUCCUGAGUCAUGGCUCCGUUUGGGAAAAAGUUCCUGAAAGCUCGUCUGAAAAACAGGACAAAAGAUGCUGAGCCUGUGAUAGGAAAGGAGAUUCAGGUUACAGUCUGCAACGAGGAAAAGGUCGUCUGUGGAGUUACAAAGCACACGACUUGUGCAGAUAUGAUUCAGGCGUUACUGGAGGAUCACAAGUCAGUCCCUGGGAGCAAGUGUGUCCUGCAAGGAGAACCCAAAGAUUUCUGUCUGGUUGAGCGCUGGAAGGGUUUCGAGAGAGCGUUGCCUCCUCUCACCAGAAUCCUGAGGCUGUGGCAUGCCUGGGGUGACCAGAGACCCUUCAUCCAGUUUAUUCUUGUCAAAACCAGUGAUUUUGUGCCUCAACCGACUAAGAAAGCUCUAAAGUCUAAGGGGGCCAAGCCAAAGCGGUGGGAGCAUGGUCGUGCACAGUUCCCCCAGUCUCUGCCAGUGGAGAAGCAAAAGCGCAUGGUGAAGAAAGCUUUCAGGAAGCUGGAGAAGCUUCACAGUGACAGCAAGAGCUCCCCGGGCGCAGAGGAGAUUGAGCGCAUGGUGCAGCUUAUUCUCAACCAGGACCAAACCAUCCGGGAGCAGAUCCAACACAUGAGGGAGCUGGACGUGGAGAUCGAGCAGUUUGAGCUACUUGCACAGAGAGAAGCUGAGUGCGAGAGCGCAUUGGCUCAGGCUUGUGCUCAGAGUUUGGAGGUGCACAGUGAGGAGCAGCUGCAGGAGUACCUGUACACCAGCGAUGGAAUUGAACAGCUUGAGCUGCAGGUUCAGAGACACCAGGAGCUCAUCUUUCAGCUGUCCCGGGAUAUAGACACCGAGCUGAGGAGGACUGCCUUCCCACUGGACCAAGAUGACGAGGAUGAACAGGAAGGAGCAGCAGCCGCUUCCCUGAUUCCCUCCAGGAAAGACAAGUCAUUCUACACUGCCGAUCUCGAGAGGCUGCAGGAUGAACUGAAGCACAGCCUCUUUACCGGUGUCGCCCUUCACAAUCAAGCUGCAGAAAUAAAAAAGCAGCUCAAGUACUUUGACACUGCGCUGGUCUCCAAGGACCAGGAGUGCUGGCAGCUGGCUGCCCAGCUGAGCUCGCUGCAGAUCGGGGACAGCACGGAGGAUAAGCCCAGUCUUUCCCCACUGAAAAGUGAGACUCAGUGCAGCGUCUCACAGACAGUGAAACUCAAACACAGCCUGUCCCCUCUAGACAUUACAGACACAGACUCAGACACCGGGAUUAGCUCCACACACAGUCAGGACUCGCUGUCACCGUGUCUCGACUUCCCUCCCCCACUGGAUACAGACGUUUGAAGAACCCAGCUGACCCUGCAGUUUCAUGCUCAGUCUGCAGCCCCAGUAUGUGUCUCUCAGGUGUUAUCAUUACAGCUGAGCGUGUGUGAGUCCGUCAGAGAAAUCCCUGCUUACCCUCAUCAAACAAGAAAGUUAUUUAACUAGAGCUAAAAAAAAUGUGAUUAUACAUUUUCGGUCUACAACUUUUUUCAUAAUCAAUUCAAUGUUUCAUUAAUGUUUCAAGUAAAAAAUGUUUUGCAUAUUUGUAGACAUUCAUGCAAUUUGAGGAUUUCACUUUGUGUUUGUUUGUUAACAUUCUCUAGUACUUCAGGGAUCUGAUUACUCUUUUUAAUCCAGAGUUUUUUCAAUAACUGUAACGAGUGUUAAUGACAAAAUAAUGCUUCAGACUGCAUCUCAGAUGUAAUGAUGAAACAUGGAAGGCACAAACUGGAGCCAUAUAUGCAUCAACUACUCUCAGUGUCACUAUCACUGUUUCUUGCUCCGUAAUUGUCGACAUUUAAUCAUGUAUUUUGCCUCCAUCGAAGAAAGUGACAGACAUUUUUAAUGUAUGCCAGGCGUAGUAACUUAAAAGAAUUAGUUUUAUUAUUAGAAUGUAUUUGUAUUGCCCCUCGUAAAGUUCUCUAGCUUUUUAUGAAGCUGCACUUCUUUGUACACACUAAUGAUAAUCUAUUAACAAUGUUUUAUAUUAAAACAAAUAGCUAACUGGUUUGGAUGUAGAAUUUGUUAUGUAUCAUUGACUACACUGUAAAUAUGCUGCUGUAUCUAUAAGGACCUAAUUUGAUAAAGGAACUGAGAAGAUAUUUAUUCAUCAUGUAAUUGUAUUUCACACAUGAUUGUUUCCCCUCUCAGGCAAUGAUCUCUAUCUAAUCUCAAUCUGAUCAAACAUUCAGCUACAAAAUAUUAGUAAUUUAAUAAUAUUUGCAAAAUAAACAGUUUAAAUAUCUGUGUAAACAUGCUUAAAAACAAACAAUGAUAAAGUAGAUUGUACAUUUCCACUUUCAUA